AAAGAAUGCAACUUGGGCAUAGCCAUCGUCGACGCCAUCACCGUCGACGCCGCCGCCCACGACUCCUCCUCCUCCAUCCACCUCGCCUCCGCCUCCGCCGCCAGCAGCGCCUACCCGUCCCCGUCCCCCUCCCUGCCGGCGCCCUCCGCGUCCGGCUCCGGAUUCCGGGAGCGCAAGGUGGCCGACGUCGCGCUCGUCUGGAAGGCGCUCAGCGUCUCCGCGCUCAGCGUCUCCGUCCGGGACGGACGGCGCCGCGUCGUCAGGGGCUCCACCGGCUACGCCCUGCCCGGCACCCUCACCGUCGUCAUGGGCCCCGCCCGCUCCGGCAAAUCCACCCUCCUCCGAGCCAUCGCAGGGAGGCUGCGCGGCGCCGAGCGGAUGUAUGGCGAGGUCUUUGUCAAUGGCGUCAAGUCACCAUUACCAUAUGGAUCAUAUGGGUAUGCUGACCGGGACGAUGUGCUAAUCGAAUCUCUCACAGUACGGGAGAUGCUGUACUACUCGGCGCUCUUGCAGCUCCCGGGCGUCUUCUCUUCGAAGAAGUCAUUUGUGGAAGAUGCUAUCGCGGCCAUGUCGUUGGGUGACUAUGCUGACAAACUCAUUGGUGGACACUGCUUCACAAAGAGGCUUCUGACUGGCGAGAGGAGGCGGGUCAGCAUUGCAAGAGAGCUUGUGAUGAGGCCACAUGUUCUGUUCAUCGAUGAGCCUCUGUAUCACCUUGACAGUGUUUCUGCACUCCUCUUGAUGGUAACACUGAAGAAACUUGCCAGCAUUGGGUGCACAGUCAUCUUCACAAUGUAUCAAAGUAGCACGGAGGUUUUUGGACUUUUCGAUCGGAUUUGCUUGCUUUCAAAUGGGAAUACCCUCUUCUUUGGGGAAACAUUGGCUUGCCUGCAGGUGAAUAAGUGUUUCUCUGUAGUAUUGUUUAUUGACUCUGCCAAGGACAUUUUACAUGCAUUAUCAAUUUAAAUUUACCACGAGUGAAACGGUGGUAUCCAGUAAUGGGACAGAACUAACUUUUUAUAUA